GGAAGGCGCGACGGAGUCCGUAGUGUGGAAGUAGAGUAGGCAUGUUGUCAGUCUUCCCGACAACAACGACGGGGACGAUGAGGGUGGCGCGGUUGAUGGUAUCGCGGCCGCGUCGACGAUGUUGGUGUCGCCUGUCGUUGCCGCUGAUGCUGAUUCUCAUGCUAUCGCUAUCGUUGCCGAUAACGCGCUCGUUACCGGCCGAUAUAGUACAGAAAUUCCAUGAUCCAGAAGUGGAACGCAUGAACCAUCUGGUAGUGGACAAGAACACAGGCCGGGUGUACGUAGGUGCAGUUAAUCGUCUCUAUCAGCUGUCACCGGACUUGCUGCUGGUCGUAAAGGAGGUCACCGGACCUAAGGGCGAUUCCACAGCGUGCUCGAUGCUAGACUGCCCCCGUGAGGCGCAAAAGCGGCCAGUCGACAAUGUAAACAAGGCCCUGGUAAUCGAUUACACCACUACGCGGCUCAUCUCCUGUGGCAGCCUAUUCCAAGGUAUGUGCACGGUGCGCAAUCUGCACAACAUAUCGGACGUAGUGCAGGAAGUGAAGGAAGCGGUGGUGGCAAAUAACGCCACCGCGUCAACAGUCGCGUUUAUCGCACCUGGUCCGCCAAAUCCACCGGUCUCUCAGGUCAUGUACGUCGGAGUGACCUUUACGGGUAAUUCACCCUAUCGCUCGGAAGUGCCAGCGGUGAGCUCGCGUUCCCUCGACAAAGACAAGAUGUUGAACAUCGCAGAAGCAGCAGUGACAACCGGUACGCGAAUGUACGUUAACUCUUUGUCGCGCGAACGUUAUCCUAUUAACUACAUCUACGGCUUCAGCAGCGGUGGGUUUAGUUAUUUCCUUACUACGCAAAUGAAAAAUACGGAGACGCCGAUCUAUCUAUCAAAAUUGGUCCGUGUGUGCCAGGACGACGAGCAUUAUUAUUCGUAUACGGAGAUACCGAUUAAUUGCACAAGUGACGAGCGUAUUUACAAUCUGGUGCAAGCCGCUUACGUAGGCAAGGCCGGUUCGGUACUUGCCGGCGAUCUGGGCAUCACCGCUCAGGACGACGUGCUCUUCGCUGUGUUCGCCGAGAGCGACGGGCCCAACAGUGACGUGCCGCGACCGCAUUCAGCUUUGUGCGUGUACUCGCUUAAGGCGAUUCGCCGCAAGUUCAUGAGCAAUAUACAAAGAUGUUUCAGCGGCGAGGGACAGCGGGGAUUGGAAUUCAUCUCGCCGAGCCACAAAUGCAUAUCAACGAAACUGCAAACGAUCGGCGAAGACUUUUGUGGUCUCGAUGUGAAUACGCCUUUAGGCGGUGAAGAGCCGAUGGGUGCGACUGCAGUUUUGACAUUCGAGACUCACUUGACGGCUGUGGCGGCCACUUCGACCGGUGAUUAUACUGUGGUCUUCGUGGGCACCAAUAAAGGACACCUCAAGAAGGUGGUAGUAGAGAGCUCGACGUUGGCAUUGGAGUACGGUGAUCUUGAGAUUGAUCCUGGUUCUCCAGUGAACCCGGAUCUGCUAUUUGAUUCGCAACUGAUGCAUCUUUAUGUGCUGACAGAGAAGAAGGUCUCAAAGGUCAAGGUGCAGGAGUGUUCAGUUUACAAGACGUGCUGGGACUGUCUGGGCGCCAAAGAUCCAUAUUGUGGCUGGUGCUCGUUAGAAAACAAGUGCAAUCUGCGCAGCGACUGUCAAGACGCGGCUAAGGAUCCACUCUACUGGAUCUCCUACAAAAGUGGUAGAUGCACAACGAUCACCACUGUCACACCAGACCAACUGCAACGCACUACUGCCAGGACUCUCGAGCUCGUCAUCGAGAACCUGCCGACGCUGUCCGGGCAAUUUCUGUGUGCAUUUUCCGCCCUCGACAAGACUCUGAUCACGAAUGCUUCGCGAAAGUCCUAUGGCGUGAACUGUACCACACCAAGAACCGAUUUAUUGCCAUCGAUACCGCCGGGCCGACAUCAUUUCACAGCCAAACUGUCGGUUCGGAUGACAAAUGGACCCGAUUUGGUAGCGACAAAUUUCACUUUCUUCGAUUGUAACACGUACAGUUCCUGUACACAAUGCGUAUCAUCGAGCUUUCCAUGUGACUGGUGUGUUGACGGUCAUCGGUGCACACACGAUACGGCGGAGAAUUGUCGGAACGACAUUCUUGUCACGGGAGUUAGCAGAAUGGGACCAAGCUAUAGAAGUGGGCCAGGUUUUUGUCCCACUAUAAAUGCCACCGAAUCUCAAGAGAUCCUCGUGUCUUCCGGUAUAAAAAAAGCGAUACGAGUUAAAGUGCAUAUCAUUGGGCAAUUCAUCAUACAGACACGGUUCGUGUGCCAAUUCAACAUUGAGGGUCGCGUGACGAGCGUAAAUGCGCGUUUGCUAGCUGACACGAUCUACUGCGAGGAAACGGAAUUCUCUUAUACCUCUCGCGCGCCAAAUAUCACGGUACCUUUCGCAGUAAUCUGGGGCGGCUCCAAACCUUUGGAUAAUCCAGACAAUAUACACCUUGUGAUAUACCGUUGCCGCGACAUGGCAGACAACUGCGGCAUGUGCUUGGCUCUGCCAACAAAAUACGGAUGUGGCUGGUGCCAGAGCUCAGACAGAUGCGAGGUGAAGGAUCAGUGCGACCGCGGCACUGGCAUGUGGCUGAACAGCAAUCAGACCUGUCCAAAUCCGGAGAUAAAAUCAUUCGAACCGGUAAUGGGUCCCUGGGAAGGCAACACAAACGUGACGAUUCGCGGCAUCAAUCUUGGCAAGACAUUCAAGGACAUAGUUGGGGGCGUUACCGUAGCCGGUAUGCGAUGUCUACCGUAUGAGGAACUUUAUAUUCGAACGAAGCAAAUCGUUUGCCGAGUCGAUGGACCUGGCACGCAGGAAGGCAGGAGCGGACCUGUCAUCGUGAAGAUCGAGGACUUCCGCGGCGAAUCAGACUACAAUUUCGAAUUUGUAGAUCCACAGAUCAUCUCAAUAUCACCCAAGUACGGACCUCUGAGUGGUGGUACUACUAUCAAAAUCACCGGUAAUUAUAUGAACGCCGGCAGCACUAUCCAUGCUGAUAUUGACGAUCUUCCCUGCUCUAUAAUAAGUGCCGAACCUAACGAGGCUCUUUGCAUGACGAGUCCAAGCGAUCAAAAACGAAAUGGCUUGCUGAAGAUGUCUUUUGAUGGUGGCAAGCGUUUAUAUGACGGCCACUUUGAAUAUGUCGACGAUCCAACAAUUGAGAGUGUGGAGAGUGGCGUGGCCGGUCAAAUGAAGGUCCCAAAGGGAAUUCCAGCAGGUGGAAUAAAGAUCUCGGUGACCGGCAAGAAUCUUGGCUACAUACAAAGUCCACAAAUGUAUGUCUACUAUGAUGAGAAGAUGUUUGUAUCGCAAUGCGAGGUGCACAGUCAGGAGAGCAUGGUGUGUAAGUCACCGACCAUCGAAGUACCCGAACACAUAAUAUUGGAUGCCGAACGUCCGCUCUCUCUCGAAUAUGGUUUCCGCAUGGACAAUGUUACCGGCGUGCAGAAUCUCUCGCAGCACGGCUUUAAUCACUUUCUUCUGUAUCCAAAUCCGAUCUAUGAAGUCUUUGAUGAGGAAGUCAAAUAUUAUAAGAGCGAUUAUCUGACGAUCAAUGGUCAACAUCUCGAUCGUGCCUGCCAAGAGUCCGAUGUGGUUGUGCAAAUCGGUAAUGCUUUUUGCAAUGUCACAUCUUUGUCGCGGCAACAACUCACCUGCCGACCACCUUUAACACAACCACCAGCCAUUGAUGCUCAGGGUUUGCCCAAUAAACAAGAAUUGCCAGAAGUGGUAUUAAUAGUGGGCGGUACGCUUCAUUAUCACAUUGGCAAGCUUAGCUACGCACUGCCAGCUGGAUUGAACGGGCCGUUGUCGAAACCAGCGCUCAUUGGCGUGAUCGUAGCCAUUGUGAUCUUAGUAGUCGUAUUCAUAGCGUUCCUUAUCGCUUAUCGCCGAAAAUCUACGGAAAGCAAUCGUGUAUUGAAAAAUAUGCAGGAACAGAUGGAUAUUCUCGAGUUACGAGUCGCUGCCGAGUGUAAGGAAGCUUUUGCCGAAUUACAGACAGAAAUGACUGAUCUCACAGGAGACCUUACUAGUGGUGGCAUACCCUUCCUUGAUUACCGCACUUAUGCAAUGAUGAUAUUAUUCCCCAGCGACGACAAUAGUCCGGUACUGCAGUGGGAUAGACCAGAACUCGUACGAAAAGAGAAAGGAUUGCGCUUAUUUGGUCAACUGAUAAUGAAUAAAACUUUCUUAUUACUGUUCGUACGAACACUCGAGAGCAAUCGUUAUUUUUCGAUGAGAGAUCGAGUUAACGUUGCCAGUCUGAUUAUGGUUACACUGCAGAGCAAAAUGGAAUAUUGCACGGACAUCCUAAAAACUUUGCUGGCGGAUCUUAUCGAGAAGUGCACGGAAGGCAAAAGCCAUCCAAAAUUAUUUCUUAGGAGAACUGAGAGUGUUGCUGAGAAAAUGUUGUCUGCUUGGUUCACAUUUCUCUUAUACAAAUUUAUGAGAGAGUGCGCCGGUGAACCAUUGUACGUAUUGUUUCGCGCGGUAAAACAGCAAGUUGAUAAGGGUCCUGUCGAUGCGAUUACUUCAGAAGCACGAUAUUCUUUAUCCGAAGAAAAAUUGAUUCGGCAAUCCAUCGACUUCAAGCCAAUGACGGUUUAUGUUUCGAUAUCUCAACAAACCGUGUUUGUUGGUGGAAUGGAUCCUAACACGGAGAACGUGCCAGUCAAGGUCCUUGAUUGCGACACAAUAUCUCAAGUGAAGGAAAAAGCGUUGGAUACGAUCUACCGAGCGACUCCGUAUAGUCAAAGACCUCGAAAGGAGGAUCUUGAUCUUGAAUGGCGAACUGGCGCGUCAGGUAGAUUAAUUCUCUACGACGAAGAUUCGACAACGAAGACAGAGGGUGAGUGGAAGAAGAGAAACACUUUGAAUCAUUACAGGGUACCGGAUGGAGCAUCACUCAACUUAGUGUCCAAACAAUCAUCUAUAUACAAUCUUUCGAUUCUGUCAGAGAAGACAGACAAAUCGCACAAAUACGAGACCUUGAAUCUUAGCAAGUUCAGUUCGGCGAGUCCCCCUCUCUCUCGUGCCACUUCUCCGCUUAAUCAAAAUAUCGAAGCUGGUAUGAAGAUUUGGCAUCUUGUUAAGCAUCAUGAUUCUGACGCGCGAAAAGAGGGAGAUCGCGGCAACAAAAUGGUCUCAGAGAUCUAUUUGACGAGGUUACUGGCAACAAAGGGUACUCUCCAGAAAUUCGUCGACGAUCUGUUCGAGACAAUAUUCAGCACUGCCCAUCGAGGCUCGGCGCUACCUCUCGCCAUCAAGUACAUGUUUGAUUUCAUGGACGACCAAGCUCUGCAACAUGGCAUAUCCGAUCCGGAAGUGGUCCACACGUGGAAGAGCAAUUCCCUUCCUCUUAGGUUUUGGGUUAAUCUCAUAAAAAAUCCGAAUUUUAUUUUCGAUAUACAUAAGUCUAACAUUGUGGACUCGUGUUUGUCCGUCGUGGCGCAGACGUUUAUGGAUAGCUGCUCAACGUCGGAUCAUAGAUUAGGUAAGGACUCUCCGAGUUCGAAACUAUUAUACGCGAAGGACAUUCCAGUGUACAAAGAAUGGGUAGAGCGUUACUACUCAGAUAUUAAAGUCAUGCCAGCCAUAUCCGAUCAAGACAUGAAUGCCAUGCUUGCCGAAGAGUCGAGGUUGCACACAACGGAGUUUAACACGAAUUGUGCUUUAUACGAACUAUAUACAUACGCGGGUAAAUACAACGAACAACUAAUAGUCACGCUCGAGGAGGACGAGUUCUCGCAGAAGCAGAGACUGGCAUACAAGCUCGAGCAAGUGCACAAUAUAAUGGCGGCGGACAAUCCCUGAUGCAUGACCAUGAACUCCAUGAAGCACAUGACGAAAUCUGCUCGUCAAGAGUUACCCUGCUGAGCGGUCAAUCGCGGUCCGGUGUAAUCAACGACACGAACGAGGGGAACUGGCCUACCUUGAAAUCGAUAAUCUCAGGUUCUGUGCAAAAGCCAGUUUUCUCAGCUUAACGCGAAUCGCGAGUGAACUUUGGAAUUAUUCCAGACAGGGGGAUAAGAGCGUUGCGAGUUAACUGGGAAUUAAUUAAAGGACUAAGUGUUAAAAGUAUGUGUCGAGGAAGUCUUCUCAGAGGUCGCCAGUUCGUAGAUGUGGCCAUAAUUAUAAGCACAUUGCCGUGUGCGCAUAUAAUUGUACAUAAGAUAUCAAAAAUCAUGAAUAAUUGUAAUAGGAUAUUAAAUGUACGAUCACCCCUCGACUCGAUGGUCGAGUCGAGUGCAAAAGCAGGGCGAGAGCAGGGCGUUUCUCUCGCCGCGCGGUGAUCGCACGCCCGUUUGCACCGCGAGUGAUUUUAAAAAUGAAUGUAAUAAUGUGAAACACACUAGUGGUAAGAGAGGCGCGAGUGAGGGAAUCAGCCGCGAUAUCGAUCGAUAAUUUGUAAAUGUGUUUAAAAAAAAAAAUAAUACGGUCGAUUGCCGGCGCCGUGAUCUCGGUGAUCUGGCGAUUUUUAACGAAGAAACAUUUCCAUCCACCGCUACUCUAGCUGAAAUUUUUUGAACUGACGAAUUUUAAGAGAUAAUGAUAAUUACCGAUAACGAUGAAAUAAUUAAAU